CCGAUGCGGGUCCGUCCCGGGCCGGAGGGCCCUCCGCCGGGGCUCAGGGGCAGCUGCGCCCGGCCGGACCGCGGGCCCCGGCGGCCACACCCGUAGCCCCCGCCGGGCCCCCGGACCACCCAGGGCCACCGCCGCCGAGCCGGGCCCCCAUGGCGCUUCUCCCGGCGCAGGCACCAGUCCACUAGGGGCCGGGCCCAGGCCCCGAAGGUGAUUCAUGGCAGGGGACGUGGAAGGAUUCAGUUCCUCCCUGCACGACACCAGCGUCUGUGCCGGCUUCAGGGCGCUGUACGAGGAGGGCCUGCUGCUGGACGUGACGCUGGUCAUCGAGGAGCACGAGUUCCAGGCCCACAAGGCCCUCCUGGCCACGCAGAGCGACUACUUCCGGAUCAUGUUCACGGCGGACAUGAGGGAGCGGGACCAGGACAAGAUCCAGCUGAAGGGGCUGACGGCCCCGGGCUUCAGCCACGUCCUGCAGUUCAUGUACUACGGGACCAUCGAGCUGAGCAUGGCCACGGUCCACGAGAUCCUCCAGGCCGCCAUGUACGUCCAGCUCCUCGAGGUGGUCAAGUUCUGCUGCUCCUUCCUCCUGGCCAAGAUGGGCCUGGAGAACUGCGCCGAGAUCAUGCGGCUGCUGGACGACUUCGGGGUCAGCGUGGAGGGGGUCCGCGAGAAGCUGGACGCCUUCCUGCUCGACAACUUCGUGCCCCUCAUGGCCCGCCCGGACUUCCUGGCCUACCUGAGCUUCGAGAAGCUCACGGCCUACCUGGACAACGACCGGCUGAGCCGGUUCCCCGAGAUCGAACUGUACGAGGCCGUCCAGGCCUGGCUGCGGCACGACCGGAGACGCUGGCGGCACACGGACGCCAUCAUCCGCAACGUCCGCUUCUGCCUGAUGACCCCGGCCAGUGUGUUUGAGAAGGUUAAGACCUCUGAGUUUUAUCGAUACUCCCGGCAGCUGCGCCACGAGGUCGAGCAGGCGCUGAAUUACUUCCACAGCGUCCACCGGCAGCCGCUGAUGGAGAGCAAGAGCAGCCGCAUCCGUUCGGCCAAGGCGCAGACGGCCGUCUUCCGGGGCAUGAUCGGGCACAGCAUGGUCAACAGCAAGAUCCUCCUGCUGCACAAACCGCGGGUGUGGUGGGAGCUGGAGGGCCCGCAGGUCCCCCUGCGCCCCGACUGCCUGGCCAUCGUCAACAACUUCGUGUUCCUGCUGGGCGGCGAGGAGCUGGGGCCCGACGGCGAGUUCCACGCCUCGUCCAAGGUGUUCCGCUACGACCCCAGGCAGAACGCCUGGCUGCGCAUGGCGGACAUGUCCGUGCCCCGCUCGGAGUUCGCCGUGGGCGUCAUCGGCCGCCACGUCUACGCGGUGGCCGGGCGGACCCGGGACGAGACCUUCUACUCCACGGAGCGCUACGACAUCGUGGAGGACAAGUGGGAGUUCGCCGACCCCUACCCGGUCAACAAGUACGGCCACGAGGGCACGGUCCUCGGCGGGAAGCUGUACGUCACCGGGGGCAUCACCUCGUCAUCCACGUCCAAGCAGGUGUGCGUCUUCGACCCCGGCCGGGAGGGGACCGUGGAGCAGCGGACCCGGCGGACCCAGCUGGUGACCACCUGCUGGGAGAACCGCUGCAAGAUGAACUACGCCCGCUGCUUCCACAAGAUGAUCUCCCACAACGGCAAGCUCUACGUCUUCGGCGGCGUCUGCGUCGUCCUCCGGGCCUCCUUCGAGUCCCAGGGCUGCCCCUCCACCGAGGUGUACGACCCGGCCGCGGACCAGUGGACCAUCCUGGCCUCCAUGCCCAUCGGCCGCAGCGGCCACGGGGUGGCCGUCCUGGACCGGCAGAUCAUGGUGCUCGGCGGCCUCUGCUACAACGGCCACUACAGCGACUCCAUCCUCACCUUCGACCCGGAAGAGAACAAGUGGAAGGAGGACGAGUACCCCCGGAUGCCCUGCAAGCUGGACGGCCUGCAGGUGUGCAGCCUCCACUUCCCCGAGUACGUGCUGGAGCACGUGCGGCGUUGCGACUGAAAGUGCGCCCCGCGGCCCCGCUUCGCCCUCUCCCCCCACCCCGGGGGGGAAAAGAUCCCCUCCUCCGGCCGGAACGGGAGGGCGCCCGGUUGGUGUCGUGGUGACCGGAGGCGGGAGAAACCGGUCCCCUCGGUGCCGCGGGUGGCCCGGAGGGGUGAGGGGUCUCGGUGGGGAAACCUCGAGCCGCCCCCUCUUCCCGUUCCGAGGCCCGAGCUCGUUCUAGAACUAGCCAUCGGCCGCCUCGGGCUCCCGGAGGCCGGGGAGGGGGCGGGAAUAUCUAUCCGGCCGGAAAGCGGGCCGCCCGUCCCGUCCCUCCGGAGCCUUCGGCUCUCCCCGUCCGUCACCCUCCGCCGCGGCUUUUGUACAGCGGUCUGCCGACGGAUGCGGAAACGGGCCGUUUUUCUACCAAAUGGACGCUUCUUUUUUUUGUAAUAGCCCGACCUUGAUUUCUACGCCGCCUUUCCUUGUCCGCGCCGUGUGUGUCGGCGCUGAAGAGGGACGAGUACCCUCUCACGUCCAUCUUGAGAUCUUAGAGGCGGUGCGUCUUUCCGCGUGUGGUUAGCGUCCUCUCUUUUUAAGCAGCACCCAGGUUGUCGGCCGUACCGGUCGACUCGGAGGGGCGGUAACGUCUUUUCACGUGUCGACAUUUAAAAAGGAAAAGGAGAAAGGGCAAGUAACCGGAGGCCUCGUUUGGUAUCCGGGAACGUAGCCUCUCUCUGGUACAGGUGGAUCGAUUCGGGAACCCGUGAACGCCGUAUGUUCACCGUCCUUAGGUGACGGGAGGAAGAAUCAGAUUUUCUGUUUUAUCUAGAGGUAGAUAUCGAAGUAUAUCAUAUCGGAGAACGGCCUUCCCCUUUGUGACCGGGCCAGUCCCGCGGCCGUCGACCGUCACUCGGACGCGACGUGUCUCGGCCCGAGUUUUCCCAGAGCAGCCCGUUUGGAUUUUCCUCUCCAGGGAAGGUUGAACCCUGCGGUCCGCGACCCUGAUUGCCGUCGAGGUGUCCCCCGUAAGCGAAGGGAAGCGGGCUGGGCCGACGGUCAUCAUCAGUCAAAAGAGCCGGGCGUCAUUAGUCCAGGUUUUCGUCCUGUCGACCGUCCCUCCCCUUUAGAGGAAGGGGAGAAAAGACCCCGAUCCAGUUGAGCGAUGGUAUUUAUUGAGCGCUUAUAGUGUGCGGGUCGCUGUGCUAAGCGCUUAGGAGAGUCCGGUAUAAUAGUCCCCCGAACUGUGAUGUUUGCACAUGAUCGCCAAGGGCUUUUGUUGCCGUAGCACCUCAGAAGCCCGUGAACUUUGAGUGCUCACCCCACUUCCCUCCAGGCCCCGAUUCUCGCGACCCCAGCCCGCUGUUCUCGAUCGGGUGUGUUAAGGGGCGGACCCGAGUGUUUUGGGGCUUUAGACUCUGAGCACCAGGCGGGACGGGUUCGGCGUCCGGCCCGAUUAAGUUGCAUCUCCCUACCGCAGUGUUUAGAGCAGUGUUCGACCCAUAUCGGGCGUGCGCCCGUUCUCGGCCGAACGCGUCAGACGCCGGCGGCGUCACACGGCCGAAAUUCAGGACGGAAGACACCACUGUGUCUUCACCGGCCUUUCUCCCCGGGGUGUGGGGGGGGACGUAGGUGAUCCUGGCCGGCCCGGGUGGGUUCGGUCCAGUUGUCUCGGGCGGGCCGGACCUCAGGACGAGCGAGCCUCGGACGGGCGAGGUAAGUGACGGUCGUCGUCCGCCCGGCGCGUCGCCUCAGGCCGGGGGAGCGGGACCCGGCGGCCGGCGGGUGGGAGCGGGUGACCAAGUGAUCGGGGGGUAGACGGGGAGGCUUUCGAGGGGAAAAAAGAGGAGGCCGGCCUCGAUUUUGACGGAUGGAGUUAGCCUCCGGCAGCCUGGGCCGCCGGGGGCUAAAAGCCGGGGGGAAACGGUGCAAGAGCCCCACGGUCGCCGAGACCCGGAGGCUGGGCAAGAGUCGGCCUUGGGUUCUGCCCGUGAAAGCCAUUUCCAAACCCGAAGACGUUCCUCGGGAAGUCGAAUUCCUUGACGCCGUGCUUCCUCCCCCUCUUUCUGUCUUUCCCCUUGAAGAUCCGCUCACGUCCCCCACGAGGCCCGGCCCUCUUCCCCCCAUCCCCACGGCCCCGGGAAGGGGCUUAGCUUUCCCGGUGACCCUUCCCCGCCCUGUGGCUCCGAGGUGGGUGGGGAAGGGGCUGGGAAAAAACUUCAGUUUCGAGGCGCUCGGUCUUCCACGUUGAAGUCGUGAGGGUCAAAGCCAGUCAGACUCACUGUUCUGGGAAAUCCUCACUUGAACUCGCUGGGGUCGUUUGUGAGGUUUAAGGAUGUCGGAGAUCUGCUUGGGGUUCUGAACGCUGCGGGGAAGAGCUUUUUCACCUGAACCACGUUGACGUUUCUGACAUUUCCGGGGAGUUUAAGUCCAUCAUUAGCCGACAUUCCCUUUUUUAAAUGCGAUUUACAGGUUGAAAGAGAUUUAUUUUUGUUAAAAGGUAGGGCCAUUUUCCCCCCGCAGUUAGUUGGGUCGUAUGUGAUUUUUUCCUGAACCAUUUCGUGGGCGUUUUCUUUGCUAGUGUGUCCCUGUACUUAAAAAAGUAUUUUUUAAAAAUUCACCGUCUGGAUUCCAAACUGUACAGUAUCCCGAUCAAGCUCUUUGUAUGGAUUUUAACGUUCCUUCGCAUUCGAAAUUCCUGACCUGUUUUUAAAAAGAAACCCAACGGCUCUUAAGCGUCCUUUCCCAGAAACAUCCCCAGUGCCUUGCCGCUUCAUUUCAGAUACGAGCCGCGAUCCGAGUUGAGGGGAAAACUCCUUACUGGGCAGCCGCCUUCUUCUCCAAAUACACAGCCGUCCCGCCGGUUUGGCUUUCGUGGAAGGGAAAGGAAGGCCACAGAUGAGCCACGGUGGAAAGGUGACGCGAUUUUCUGCUCCAUUCCCCAACCCCACACUCUGCCGGCCCCGACGGGGCAAAAUCCCAAAGUACCGGCUUUUAAAACCUCUCUUAAGUCUUCAUCAACUAGCAUCUCCCGAAACCUCAUUCCGCAAAAGAGUCGACGAAUCUAGCGACCAGGAAAGGGAUGGAGAAAGAAGUCCGUGGAAAGCUUAUAUCUGAAUUCUAUGAAACUACUUUAAAGUAUUUUAUCAUAAAUGACGUGAGAUUAAGGAUAGCUCAUGUAAAAACGGCAGACUUCCAGCGGGGCUCGGCGGUUCUGGCGGGGAGCGAGGAAGGGUAGGUAGGUCGAAACAUUUCCGUUCGCCUCAGCCGACCCGACUUUUUCUUUUUUCGUUUUUUUUUUUUGUUGCUAUAAAACGCGUUGAAAGAACGAACUACAGGGCGAUCGCCGGCUGGUGGGCCCCUGACCCCUUAGGGGGUGACCGCGCGGUCUUUAGAGCCCAGGUCCCCGGCUUGACUCGAUUUCCCCACCGCCGCGACGGCGUUCAGGUUCAUUAUUUUUGGUGCUAUUUUUAGGGAUCUUGAGUUUCACUCGCAUCUUUGGGUUAAGGCCGAUGGCCGGGGGAGGCGGGGCGGGGAGAAAAUCUCUUUCAAGAUUCAAAGAAAGCCCUGGAAAAGGAGCCCGAGUGCGUUUCAAGUGCAAUGUCAGAAUGAAAAUAGACUUGAAGAGUAUAUUCCUAGAGAGUCGUGAUAGUCUUAGACCCCAAAGUAGUUAGUGGAGGGUAUUUAUUGAGCACCUACCGGGUGCCAAGCGCUGUACCGAGCCCUGGGGGCAGGUACAGGAUCAUCAGGCCGGACCCAAUCUCUCUCUCACUUGGAAGGGGUGGUCACAGUCUAAAUCCAUGCGACUCUUAUUCAUUUCAUGCAAACUCUAGUCAUUUAUCCGGGGUUAAAAAACAGCGAUUUGUGGGUGGGCUCUGCUCCUGUCUGUGGGUGAUGCUGGGCACCUUUUGAAAUAUUUUUUUCAUCGGUGAAGAAAUUCUCCUCGUCACAUUACCCGUAUAUCGCAGGGGUGGAGGUGGGUUGUUUUCCAAACGAAUGUUUCGAAGACCUUUUAUUUUUUUUUUUGACUGAAUGCGCUUUUCCCUCGGGCCUCUUGUGUCUCUAGGAAAUAUUUUUGACCCCUUCUGUACGUUUUGGGCUAGACCACUCUCAGUCCUCUGGCCCUUAUAAAACCCUUAGACUGAUUUAAGGUUUGCCUUUUAUAACCGUUUUGAAAAGCCUUGACAUUCUUGGGCAGGGGAUUGUCGCAAGCCGUGGACUCCGUGCGUCCAGACCUGCGUACGUUUUGUCUCUUCUGUUUGGAAAUGGGAGAACAUGUAAAAAGUGUGUAUAAAGAAAAGUGUAAAUAAAAUAUUUUUAAUCUUUAA